AUGGUACGAAGACGUAGCGACAAUGCGGAGCGUUCCAUGACAGAGCUGGAAAUCCAAAUGAAGCGAGGAACUCCGGAGAAAUGCAUCCUGCUUUCCCACAGUGCCCCGUCAGUGCAGAUGUUCUAUGCACUGAGGAUGAGACUUGAAUCAUGCAGUGAAGCAUGGCUACAAGAGUUUCUAGACCUCGAUGGCCUACAAAGUCUAUUGACCUCCCUCUGUCAAAUGACUGGGCGAGGAUUCACAAGUUUCUCAGAUGCUAUCUUUCAACUGGAUUGUAUCUCAUGUAUCCGGAACAUACUGAACACUCAUGUAGGACUCGAUUUCAUGAUAAAAAAUGAUGGAUAUACAUCAAAGCUUUCUCAGGCAUUGAGCAUUAGCAAUACAUUACCCAAGAAGCAGAUCCUAGAAAUGAUGUCAGCCAUCUGUGCCUACAGUAACCUGGGUUAUCAGGCAGUCCUCACAGCACUUGGUCACUUCCAGAAGGAAAUGGACCAGACUCAUCGAUUCAGCAUCAUCAUCAAUGAGCUGAAGUCAGCAGAGACUGUAUCCUACAAGACAGCCAUAUUGACCUUUAUCAACACUGUCCUCAACUGUACCCUUGACCUGGUGGAUCGUAACCGCCUCAGAAAUGAGUUUGUUGGACUGAACUUGCUUGAUGUGCUAACAUUUCUGAGAAAAGAGGAAGCUGACGAUGACCUUCACCUUCAACUUCAGGUAUUUCAUGAAAAGAAGCAUGCUGAUGAGGAAGUGCUGUAUCAGGAUCACUUUGUGGACUUCAACAGUCCUGAGGACCUGGUAGAUCUCAUACAGAGCAAGAUAUUUGGAACUCCAAAAAUGGUUUCUUUUGUGAACAUCCUGCAAGAUCUACUGGCUAUAGACAGUGUCUAUAACAAAAACAGCACAAAGCUCUGGAAAAACAUUGACAACCUGGUCCACCAAGCCAUUCACACCUGUGGUUACGAUGAAGUUCAGUCUUGCUCCAAGAAUGACAUUUUGGCCCUUGACCUCUUACCUGAUGACUGUGACCUUGGCUUGCAAUAUAUAACCAAUUACCAACUGCAGUCAGCUUUUGCACCAAAGGGCAUGGCAGGGUCAAUGACAAAAUCAACUGAUAUCAAAAGUAUGUCACAGCGAAAUUCAACCAGCCCUUUGUUGUUGAACAGAGACCACAACAAGUGUGAAAAUGAUACUGGAGUUGAGUUGACUAACAGUAGUGAUGAAAGGUCAAAGGUUGCAUACAGGACUAAUAUGUUGGAGUCACUAGACCGUAGCCAUUACGAUAAUGUAUUCCUCAGUGAGAAGGAGAUGAGUCUUAGUGCUGAUACACCUACUAACAAGUCAGCGCUACAGCGUAGGUACCAGAUCAAGAAAAUACCAACUCCUCAGCCUCACAAGACAUUAAAGCAUCUCUCCUGGCUCCGACUCGGGGACAAUACUGUUGACAGACAUAAAGACAGUGUAUGGAUGGUAUCAAGUGGGAAUCAUCGAAUGUCUCCUGACUUUGAGGAGUUGGAACGUCUUUUCCAGGUUCAGGAGCGACAUGAGGAAGACAUGAAUGAGGUGAUUCUACUGAACCCACAGACACGUAGAAACCUGAACUUGUUUCUGGGUCGGAUGGAGAUCAGUGCCGAGGAACUGAUACAGAGUUUGGAGACAGGAAACUCUGUGAUUGUCAAUCUUCCAACCCUACGAUACCUCCUCCACGUACUGCCCCAACCCCAGGAGAUUGCCACACUACAGUGCUUUGAUGGUCAGAGGCAUGACCUUGGAAUGCCAGAACAGUUUGUACUUCUGCUAGCAGACAUCCCAGACUAUGAAAUCCUUAUACAGGGACAUCUGACCAGAGCAGAGUACACUUCAAGCCUCCAAAAGCUGAAGAGCUCGCUCAAUGUGAUGAUAAUGAUGUGUAAAAAGAUCAUGCAGAAUUCUGACCUUAAAGAGUUUAUGCACUUCGUGCUACACAUCGGUAAUUUUCUGAAUCAUGGAUGUCUUCAUGGAGAUGCGAUGGGAUUUAAGGUGUCAAGCUUGGAGCGCCUGAUGGAUGUCAAGUCAACCCUGCCUAAUCAGUCGUUACUCCAUCACAUCGUUAAGAUGGCUGAACAGAAGGAUAAAUCCAUGCUACAAUUCAUUGACGAGCUACUCCCUUUGGAAAAGGCCGUCAGUUCGUCACUAUAUGACAUGAAAGGGGAGAUAUCCAAGUUUAAUAAACAGCUGUGUUCCUUUGUUCAACUUCUGGCUUCUGGUGACCAUCAUAUGAAGGACAGAUUCCAUUCUUUUAUUGAGGAGGUGAAGAUGGAGUUACGGGACAUCCAGACAUUGACUAACACACUGCGGGAGUCCACCCAACAUCUAGCUCACUAUCUGUGUGAGGAUCUUGGCCAGUUUGAGCUGGAGAGUACGCUCAAGUGUCUACACACAUUCUGUAGACAGGCCAAGAAGUGUCAAAAGGAAAAUGAAAGUUUUCAAAAACAGACCCAGGUGGCCAGAAAAAGAGUGGACAUGAAAUGUCUGACCAAGAACAGACUGCUGUCUUUAGAGUUUGGUAAAGAUGCAGGGGCAAGCUCUUCUAUGAUGGAGGACAGAAACAAAAUUCUGGAGAAGAUUCUGGAUGACCUUCACCGUGGAAAUUUCCGCCCAACGGUGACUCUGGAGGCUCAUACCCCAGACAUGGACAUGGAUCCAAUGGAGUUCAGUGACAUCAGUUUUGUUGGCAGCCCCUUUCCUAUGCGACCUUCAUGUGAGGCCAUGGAGGAAGACUUUCUUACCCCACCAAGCAAGAAUGUUGGUCCUCGCACAAGCUCAGAAGCAGAUAUACUGGCAGAGGAUUCACAACAAGAUAUCACAGCUGAUUUCUCUAAAGACUGCAUUGAAAACUAUGAUGAGGAACCAAAAAAUUGGAUAGUGCCCAAUACUCUAGAAACAUUUCCAGACCGUCGUUUGGACAUGGUGAAAAAACAAACCAAGCACCAGGGCCACAAUCGCAGCCGAAGUGAUCUUGCUAAUUCUAUUAUCACUGCAGAGAAGUGGAUGAAGUAUGAAGAACUACGGCAUCAGGAAUCAUUGCAUGAAGAUAUGGCAGCUCCCUUGGCUGAACCCGAGAGUAUGUGUGCAAUCUCAACACUUAAUCUGGAAAAUAACGGAAGAUUUGUCGACAGAGAUGAUGUCAAGUAUUUUGAAGAACAGCAGAAGGAGAUUAAGCAGGAAAACGUUUGUUCUGUAGAGGAGGGACCAAUUGUGAAAUUGCCACUUUCAGAACUUUUGCCUGAUAUGAAAAGCUGCAUGGAUACUAAAGAGAUGGCAAGCAAAAGGCCAGAAAAGAGGUCAUCUGUCAGUAACUUUUUCAACAAAAUAUCUCGAGCAGUGCUUAAACCCAAGAAUGUAUACAACACUCCAGGAUCCAAUGUAUCGUCUAAUACAAAGAGUCAGAAAGACGGCUUCAGAAUGUUUGGUCGAAGGAAGACGACCUCGUCACUGACCUCAGAAAACAAAGAGAAUAUAGCAGUAGUUGAACGUAUGUCACAAAGGUUAUCAUCUGUUGAUAAAAAGUUUGCAGUACAAGAACUCAGAAAAAUUAAAAACAACAAACUUCGAGCCUCUAAAGGAAAAUAA